AUGCUAUUGGAUUUAUCUCAUCAGAAACCAAAUAAUAAUUAUAGUUUGCCUAACAAUUUGAUAUUAAGAUCAAAACCAAUUAACUUUUACAGUCGAAAUCUGGCCCUAAACCUACCCGUCCGUCAAAAGCUUGAAUUUGAUAAAUUUCAAAAUAUGACACUUAAAUCAAUUAGGACUGUUGAUGGUACAUUGUUCAACAAAACAUAUAAAACCAAAGAGGAAGAGGAAGAAAGGGUCGGUCUAUUCAAGGAAACGAUUGUAUCGAUUAAUAAACACAACGCCGACGACUGUUCCCAUUAUAUACAGGGUAUCAAUGAAAUGUCAGAUAUGGAAGACUGUGGUUCGUGUUGGUGUUUUGCAUCGGCCUCUGUAUUGGAAAGUCAUCUAAUGAAGGUUCAGAUUUCUGAGGAUAAGUUUGAUCCGUCAAAUCAAUUGAUAUUAAGUCAACAGAAUCUGCUCGACUGUACUCGUAGUUACGGAACGGAUGGUUGCAAUGGAGGUUCCAGUAGAGAUGUUUUUGAAUUUUUAAAAUCAGUUAAAGAAAUAAAUACUUACAGUACAUAUCCCUAUACUGGAAUACCGGGCGACUGCAAGUUUCAUCAAGAAAGUCCAAUCUUUGUCGAUAUUAAAGAAGUCAAUCAUAUAACUACCGGAGCCGACGAUGAAUUAGCGUAUGCUAUCUAUACGCACGGACCGGUCACUGUUAGCUUUCAUAUAACUCAUGGGUUUAAAGAUUACAAAUACGGUAUAUUUGAAGAUCCAUUAUGUGAUCCCAAUAGUGUGAGUCAUUAUCUGACUGCAGUCGGUUAUACGCCCGACUGUACGACUUCCUCUAUUCGAGAUAUUCGAAUAGUCGAAAAUAGCUCUACCAACCCAAUAGAUUAA